UUCCAAACCACUAAAGUACAAAUCAACAAAAUCAUCAACUCUUACUCAUUACCACCUUAUUUCUGCAUUCAUUUCGCCGCUCGCUGCCAUGGAUAUUACGAUGAAUAGAAUGAGCAGUCCCUGUAGAGGUGACAAAGGAGAACGAGUUGAGAGUAUAUAAAACAAGGACCGGUUCAUUGGCUUUAAAUUUCCAGUAUCCUGAAUUAUAACUACGACAAUGGAGGAAAUUAAGAGCAGGUUUGAGGGGAAAUGGCAGUGUGUGAAAACAGAGAACAUUGAAUCGUUUCUGGAGGCUAUGGGUGUGAAUAUGAUUAAACGGAAGGCUGCCGCCCAAUUUAAGCCAACUCAGAUAAUUUCGGUAAAGGACGGGAAGGUGGAAAUCCUACGGAAACUGCCGAUCAAGGAAAUUCGACAAGAAUUCGUACUAGAUCAGGAGAAGGACAUUGUCGACGAUGAUCACAAAUUCAAGGCAAAGCUCACAUAUUCUGACGGAAAGAUAACAGUGGACUUAAAAUCGGCGGACGGUAAAUCUAAAGACAACGUCAUUGUACGAGAGAUAGAGGGAGAUAACCUCAUUGUAACGGCAAUAUGCAACGGAGUCACGGCCAAGUCAACAUUUAAGAAAUCCUAAUCUGGUGGACCAUUUAUUUUUUGUACUUGUGGUACUGAUGAUUUUUUUUUACUGGUAGUUAAUUUGUUUUUGUGCAACUAAUAAUAAAGACAUUAUCAGUUCG